AUGCACGGCUGGCAUCUCUUGUCGUCGCCAGCGGCGGUGCAUCUGCCAAUGACCCUGUGUGGAGGGCAGUGUUUCCGCUGGCGCCAAACGGCGAGAGGCUCGUGGGUCGGCGUUGUGAAGCGCAGCGCCUAUGAGUUGGCGUGCGGCGCAACACCACCACCUGGUGCCGAUGCGGUCCAUCAACACGGUACACAGCACACAGCCAGUAGUAUUUCCUCUUCGCCUUUGCCCACGCAUGACAACUUUGUAGAGGACACACUAUGGUUCCGUUGCCUUAGCCGUGAGUUGAAUAGUGAGGCAGAUGUAAGCGUGGAGACACGCUUCUUGCGCCACUACUUGGCGCUUGAUAUUGACCUGCAGCAACUGUGGCAGCGCUGGACAGUUGACAAUCCAAUGGGUGAGCACCCGUUGGUGCGUUACCUCACCUCACACCUGACGAAAGAGGCGCAUCCUGUGAGCAUUCGUCACUUGCGGCAAGACAUUCACGAAGUUCUCCUGGCAUUUCUAUGUUCGCAGAACAACAAUGUGCAGCGUAUUACAAGCCUAAUGGAGAAGAUAGCUACAACGUACGGGUUUUAUCUGUGUGAUUAUAACCUCGCCACUGGCGAAGUGCGCAGAGGUGAAAAGUGCUCCAAGCCGGUGGCUAAGCAUGCAAAGAAGAAUCUUAAAGGGGCUGAUGAAUGGGUGGCUCUUCAUCGUCUACCCACUAUUGACCAAUUAUCGAAGCAGUCGGAGGAUGACCUCCGCGCACUUGGGUUGGGCUAUCGCAGCAAGUAUAUUUUUGACUGCGCAUCCAUCAUCAAGGCGAGCGGCGUAACUAGGCCUGCGAAGGAGAAAGUGGACGGACUUGCACCUGACACCAAGUUGUACAAGUGGUAUGAGGACCUACUGGAUCACCGUCUCACUCUCUGCGAGCAGCGCCAAAAGCUUUUGGCUCUUCCUGGAGUGGGACGAAAGGUUGCAGACUGUGUCCUGCUCUUUGCGUUGGGCCAUUACGAGGUUGUACCUGUCGACACACACAUGGCGCAGGUUGCAGCAAAGUACCUGGUCGAGACUCCUCCUGCUGCUGGUGCUGCAACGGCACCUCACAGGGCUGAGAAGAAAGGCGACCGAAAGCGUGUCCGUGACGCGAAAUACUCAUCCAAAGUAACAUCUGUGAUACCUGAAUCAUCUUGCGAAGCGAUUCUGGCGGAUUGGUCCAAAAAGGAAAAGUCUGAUGAUAAAAAAAAAGUAGCUGCACUUUUGCCCAAGCACCACGAUGCAAUUCAAAGACAAUUUCAAUGUCUGUUUGGAGACCACUGUGGAUGGGCCCACAGUAUUCUUUUCUAUGAGCGCAUGAGAAAAGGGAAGACCAGCGCGUAA